GCCUCCAGCCGAAGCAUGAAUGGCCUCAAGGGGGCCUCCGGUCUGGCAACCAACGCUUCCCUGGCGGCUGCGGAUCAGUGUGGCCAGGAGACGCAGCUGGAGAACGCGCUCUUAGCCUCCUUCUACCUCCUGGAUUUCCUCCUGGCUUUUGUGGGCAAUGCCCUGGCCUUGUGGCUUUUCCUCCGGGACCGCCGGGCAGGCACCCCUGCCGACGUGUUCCUGCUGCACCUGGCCGUGGCAGACCUGUCCUGCGUGCUGGUCCUGCCCACGCGCCUGGUCUACCACUUCUCGGGGAGCCACUGGCCGUUCGGGGAAAUCCCAUGCCGCCUCACCGGCUUCCUCUUCUACCUCAACAUGUACGCCAGCAUCUACUUCCUCACCUGCAUCAGCGCCGACCGCUUCCUGGCCAUUGUGCAUCCCGUCAAGUCCCUCAAGCUCCGCAGGCCCCUCUACGCUCACCUGGCCUGCGCCUUCCUCUGGGUGGUGGUGGCCGUGGCCAUGGCCCCACUGCUGGUGAGCCCACAGACCGUGAGGACCAACCACACAGUCGUCUGCCUGCAACUGUACCGGGAGAAGGCCUCCCCCCACGCGCUCGUGUCCCUGGCUGUGGCCUUCACCUUCCCGUUCGUCACCACGGUCACCUGCUACCUGCUGAUCAUCCACAGCCUGCGGCAGGGCCCCCGCGUGGAGACGCGCCUCAAGAGCAAGGCGGUUCGCACCAUCGCCCUGGUGCUGGCCAUCUUCCUGGUCUGCUUCCUGCCCUACCACGUGCACCGGGUCGUCUACGUGCUGCACCACCGCAGCAGCGCCUCCUGCGCCGCCCGGCGCGCCCUGGCCCUGGGGAACAGGGUCACCUCCUGCCUCACCAGCCUCAACGGGGCCCUGGACCCCAUCAUGUACUUCUUUGUGGCCGAGAAGUUCCGCAACACCCUGUGCAACCUGCUCUGCAGCCCGGGGCUCUCCAGGCCGCCCCCCAGCCUGGAAGGGAGGACCAACGAGAGCUCGAUGAGCGCCAGGUCAGAGCUGUAG